UUUAGCAACGACCAAGACUUCUACGAAGCUAAGGAAUUUGCUCAUACAAUACGCUCUACGGAUGACAGUAAGGUGAUUGUGGUUGCGAUGGGAAAAAAUCUGGAUGUUGCUCGACUUAGUCAGCUUAGCUAUGGAGAUGGAUUUACUUUUGCAGCAGACUAUGAUAACCUAGCCAGCUUGGUCCCAGCGAUUAAUAAGGCUAUCUGUGCAGAUCAGUCGACUUCCUGCGGGCCGUGA